AUGGAGCAAAAGAACAGGUCUGUGGUGACUGAGUUUUAUUUCUCUGAUUUUCCUCAGUUUGAAAAUGGUGGCCUCCUGCUCUUCCUCCUGUUGCUCUUCAUUUACCUGUUCAUUAUUGUUGGAAAUUCCAUAAUCUUCUUUGCUGUGCGGCUGGACCCUCGACUGCACAACCCCAUGUACAACUUCAUCAGCAUCUUCUCUUUCUUGGAGAUCUGGUACACAACCGUAACCAUCCCCAAGAUGCUUGCCAACCUGGUUAGUAAGCAGAAGACCAUCUCCUUCCUUGGCUGCCUUCUGCAAAUGUACUUCUUCCACUCCCUGGGGGUCACCGAGGCUCUGGUGCUCACGGUGAUGGCCAUUGACAGGUAUGUGGCCAUCUGUGACCCCUUGCACUACCCAACCAUCAUGACCCCGCGGCUCUGUGCCCAGCUCUCUGCUGGCUCCUUUGUCUGUGGCUUCCUUAUGUUGCUCCCCGAGAUUGCAUGGAUCUCCACAUUGCCCUUCUGUGGCCCCAACCAGAUCCACCAACUCUUCUGUGACUUUGAGCCUGUGCUGAACUUGGCCUGUGCAGACACGUCCAUGAUCCUGGUGGAGGACAUCAUCCAUGCCAUCUCUAUCCUGACAUCUGUGUUUGUCAUCACCCUCUCCUAUGCGAGGGUCAUCAUGGUUGUUCUGCGAAUCCCGUCAGGGGAGAGCCGGCAGAAGGCUUUCUCCACCUGCGCCGCUCACAUUGCCAUCUUCAUACUGUUCUUUGGAAGUGUGUCACUCAUGUACCUGCGCUUCUCAGCUGUGUUUCCACCACUCCUGGACAAGGCUACAGCACUCAUGUUUGCUGUGCUCGCCCCAUUGUGCAACCCCAUCAUCUACAGCCUGAGGAACAAGGACAUGAAGGAUGCCAUCAGGAGGGUCUUCUGCUCCCACCAUGGCCUCGAGAGUUCUUCCAGUCACUGA